AUGGGCAGCAAAAAAAGAAAAGCCGGUCGCCCAGCGCAACAGAAAUCUGCUCCUGAGCCCUCCAAGUUCGACAUCGAAGAGCGGUUUGACGACUCGGACGAUGAGUUCCAGACCGGCCGUGACGAGAUUUUACUCGAGGAAGGCCCAGAGACAAAGAGACGGCGCAGAGUCGCCGAAGAUGAGGAAUUAAUCCAGCCUUCCGACGAAGAGAUCCUUGGGUAUGAAUCCGUAGACGAGGACGAAGAUCUCGAGGAUUCAGAAGAAGAUGACGAAUAUGAUGACAUGGGUCUUCCCAAGAAGGGCGCAGAAUCCGAGGAAGAAGAGGAUGGCAUUGCCGCCUGGGGCACAUCAAAGAAGGAUCUUUACAAUGCAGACCAGAUCGAGACUGAGGUCGAUGCAUUGGAGGAAGAGCAGGAGGCCAAGCGUUUACAAUUGAAGCAAUUGCAGGCUAUGAAUGAGGCCGAUUUUGGUUUCGAUGAGUCUGAAUGGAUGGAAUACGGAAAGGGUACCGAAGACGACACCAAUGCUGGGGUCGUGACUGAAGUGCUCCCACAGCUGGAGAUCACUGAUGACAUGGGCACCGAUGAGAAGUUGAGGAUCUUGAAGUCGAGAUACCCGGAAUUUGAACCCCUGGCGAAGGAUUUCGUCGACCUACAAAAGUCCUACAAGGAUCUUCAACAAGCUGCUUCGAAGGCUUCAUCAACAGACGACGAUUCCGAGGAACCGCAGCCAUCUCCUGUGCCCGUGGUGAAGUUCCGUGCCUUGUCUGCCUACCUUGGCACGAUCAGCAUGUACUUCAUGCUCCUCUCCUCCCCCUCUCCCGACGCGACUAGCGAACACGUUCCGAUGACCCCUGCCGAACUCCGACAACACCCCGUCAUGGGAUCGCUUGUCAAAUUCAGGAAGCUUUGGAAUAUGGUCAAGGAUCUUGAAGAACUCGAAGAACCCCUUCACAAGGUCAAGGAAACCAAGGCCCAGGCCCUGCCAGCGAAGGCCGACAAGCAAGAAAAGACCCAAGAGACCAAGAAGCCGAAACAGAAGAAGCUGAGCAAGGCUGAGAUAGCACAGGCAGAGGCUGAGGCACUUCGUGCUGAGCGUCUCCGCCAAACCGAAGACGGCCUCGCAGAUCUUGAGAACCUGGCCACUGUACCUGCCCGGAAACGCAAAACACAAAAGACCAAGGCUCCUCUCAAGGAUGAUGACUCCGACUUUGGUGACGAGGAUGCCCUCACAGCGCACGAGGCCGAGGAGAAGGCCAAGCAAAAGCGAUCCCUCCGCUUCUACACCUCCCAAAUCGCCCAGAAGGCCAACAAACGCAAUGCAGCAGGCCGCGAUGCCGGUGGUGACGCCGAUCUCCCGUACCGCGAACGUCUGCGCGACCGCCAAGCCCGUCUCAACGCCGAGGCCGAGAAGCGUGGCCAGAGAGAACUCCGCCCUGACCAGCAGCUUGGUGGUGACAGUGAUGAUGAGGAUCGUCGUGUCGCUAGUGAGCUCCGCCGCGGCGAGGGCGCCAAGGACCGGUCCGAUGACGACGAGUACUAUGACAUGGUGGCGUCCCGCUCCAAACAACGCAAGGACGACAAGCAGGCUCGUGCCGCUGCUCACGCUGAGGCUGAGCGCCUGGGUGGAAUGGUACAUGAACAGGAGGUGGUUGGAGCGGAUGGCAAGCGUGCUAUCACAUAUCAGAUUCAGAAGAAUAAGGGCCUGCACGCGAAGCGCAGCAAGGACUCGCGUAACCCCCGUGUUAAGAAGAGAAAGAAGUACGAGGAGAAGAAGAAGAAGCUUGGUAGCACCAAGCAACUGUACAAGGGUGGUGAGGGCCGCGGUGGAUACGGUGGUGAGCUUACGGGUAUCAAGAAGAACCUGGUCAAGAGUGUCAAGCUAUGA